AUGUCGUCCCGUGUUGGAUCGUCGACACAGCGAUUCGCGUGCCAUCACUCACGCGCAACGGCGCUGGGGGUCAUCACGGAGCUAGGCUGGAAACGGACGAAUGCGUCUCACCUCCGUCAGGGCUCCGGGGCACAUCUCCGAUGCGGUGCGCUCAUCGCAACGACUCGGUCCGGACGGAGGGCGGCGAGAAGGGGCGCAGGGGCAGCUUGUGUGAGCCCCGAGGUCUGGAGCGUCGAGGGAAAGCGCGUCGGCUGGGUCACCAUCAUCAUCUCAGCCCUUGUACCGUAUUCGGGAGCAGCACAGGGUUAUGGCAUAGAUGGCAACGGCGAGCCCGGGGCAGAGGGCAGAUGUCGGACAGUGACAGAUGGGAGGGGCAGGCAUGCCACAAAGCCCCGUGUGGCGGGGGACGAGCGAGGCCAACGACUCGAGCCGGCCUCCGCCCGAUCACCUGCAGGCCGGGGAAUGCCGGAAGCACGUGCGCGGCACGCGAGAGGCUGCUCCGCCCGUGUUGGCCCCGGAUCACUCACACUCGCGGUCUGCCAUCUCGAUCACGCGAAAUUUUUUGUCUGCCCCAAUCUCGCCCGCUGCAUCUCGCCCGAUGUUGGCGAUUCGCCCUGCCCGCAUGAGAUUGCGCCGUACCGGGAGCAGUUGCAGCUCUCCCCUCCGCCAUCUGUCGAGGGCUGCCCCUGCCCAUGCUGGCCGUUGUGUACGCAUGCUGGAGCCCGGCCGCCCCUGUGUCUCCAAGGCAGUGCCCCCGACAUCGCCGCCGCACUUCCAGUCUUCGUCUAA